CCGCGCCCGCGCCGCCCCGGGUCCCACGGCCCGGCCGGCCGCCCGCGCGCCUGCGAGCCGUCCAUGGUGCAGCGCAUGUGGGCCGAGGCGGCCGGGCCUGCGGGCGCCGCCGAGCCGCUGUUUCCGGGCUCUCGGCGGAGUCGCAGCGUGUGGGACGCCGUGCGCCUGGAGGUGGGCGGCCCCGACAGCUGCCCGGUGGUGCUGCACAGCUUCACGCAGCUCGACCCCGACCUGCCGCGCCUGGAGAGCUGCACGCAGGAGAUUGGUGAGGAGCUGGUCAACGGGGUCAUCUACUCCAUCUCCCUGCGAAAGGUACAGGCGCACCACGGCACCAACAAGGGCCAGCGCUGGCUUGGGUGUGAAAACGAGGCCGCCCUGAACCUGUAUGAGACCUGCAAGGUGCGGACGGUGAAGGCAGGCACGCUGGAGAAGCUGGUGGAGCACCUGGUGCCUGCCUUCCAGGGCAGCGAUCUCUCCUACGUCACCAUCUUCCUGUGCACCUACCGAGCCUUCACCACCACCCAGCAGGUCCUGGACCUGCUGUUCAAAAGCAGGUACGGUAGACGUGACGCCCUCACGGCCUCCUCUAGAUACGGAUGCAUCCUCCCUUACUCUGAUGAGGACGGUGGACCCCAGGACCAGUUAAAAAAGGCCAUCUCCUCCAUUCUGGGCACCUGGCUGGACCAGUACUCGGAGGACUUCUGUCAGCCCCCAGAUUUUCCCUGCCUCAAGCAGCUGGUGGCCUAUGUGCAGCUCAACAUGCCCGGUUCCGACCUGGAGCGCCGUGCCCACCUUCUGCUGGCCCAGCUGGAGCUCGCAGAGCCCACGGAGGCUGAGCCCGAGGGUGAGAAGACCGGAGCUUUGUCACCUGCUCCAGCUCCAGCACCAGUUCUAAAAACAGCUCCAGAACUAGAGCCAGCUUUAGCAGCAACUCUCCUGCCCACUCCAGAGCCAGACGCGGCUCCAGAACCAGCUCCAGAGCCAGACGCGGCUCCAGAACCAGCUCCAGAGCCAGACACGGCUCCAGAACCAGCUCCAGCACCUGGGCCUCCCUGGCCUUCACCUGUGGCUGCAGAAAAUGACCUGAAUGAGAAGCCUCACCUCUUGGCCUUCCCUCCCGACCUGGUGGCAGAGCAGUUUACCCUGAUGGAUGCGGAGCUGUUCAAGAAGGUGGUGCCCUACCACUGCCUGGGCUGCAUCUGGUCCCAGCGGGACAAGAAGGGCAAGGAGCACCUGGCUCCCACCGUCCGUGCCACCGUCACCCAGUUCAACAGCGUGGCCAACUGCGUCAUCACCACCUGCCUGGGGGACCGGAGUGUGACGGCCCGGGACAGGGCCAGGGUGGUGGAGCACUGGAUCGAGGUGGCCAGGGAGUGCCGCGUCCUCAAGAACUUCUCGUCACUCUAUGCUAUCCUGUCAGCCCUGCAGAGUAACUCCAUUCACCGGCUGAAGAAGACGUGGGAGGAAGUUUCCAGGGACAGCUUCCGAAUCUUUCAGAAGCUGUCGGAGAUCUUCUCAGAUGAGAACAACUAUUCACUGAGCAGAGAGCUGCUCAUCAAGGAGGGGACUUCCAAGUUUGCCACCCUGGAGAUGAACCCCAAGAGAGCUCAGAAGCGGCCAAAGGAGACGGGUGUCAUCCAGGGCACCGUUCCCUACCUGGGCACAUUCCUCACAGACCUGGUGAUGCUGGACACCGCCAUGAAAGACUAUCUGUAUGGGAGACUGAUCAACUUCGAGAAGAGGAGGAAGGAAUUCGAAGUGAUCGCCCAGAUCAAGCUGCUCCAGUCAGCAUGCAACAAUUACAGCAUCGCACCCGAGGAGCACUUUGGGGCCUGGUUCCGGGCCAUGGAGCGGCUCAGCGAGACGGAGAGCUACAACCUAUCGUGUGAGCUGGAGCCCCCCUCCGAGUCGGCCAGCAACACCCUCAAGGCCAAGAAGAACACGGCCAUUGUCAAGCGCUGGAGCGACCGCCAGGUCCCCAGCACGGAGCUCAGUACGAGCGGCAGCUCCCACUCCAAGUCCUGUGACCAGCUCAGGUGCGGCCCCUACCUCAGCAGCGGGGACAUCGCCGACGCCCUCAGCGUCCACUCAGCCGGCUCGUCCAGCUCCGACGUGGAGGAGAUCAACAUGAGCUUUGUCCCGGAGUCCCCCGACGGUCAGGAAAAAAAGUUCUGGGAGUCGACCUCCCAGUCGUCCCCGGAGACCUCCGGCAUCAGCUCGGCCUCCAGCAGCACCUCCUCCUCCUCAGCCUCCACCACGCCCGUGGCCGCCACACGCACCCACAAGCGCUCCGUCUCUGGGGUCUGCAGCUACAGCUGCUCGCGGCCGCUGUACAACCAGCAGGUGGGCGACCGCUGCAUCGUCCGCGUCAGCCUGGACGUGGACAACGGCAACAUGUACAAGAGCAUCCUGGUAACCAGCCAAGAUAAGGCUCCAGCCGUAAUCCGCAAGGCCAUGGACAAACACAACCUGGAUGAGGAUGAGCCAGAUGACUAUGAGCUAGUGCAGGUUAUUUCAGACGAUCGAAAGCUGAAGAUCCCUGACAAUGCCAACGUGUUCUACGCCAUGAACUCAACUGCCAACUAUGACUUUGUCCUAAAGAAACGGACCUUUACAAAAGGGGCAAAGGUCAGGCAUGGCACCAGCUCAACUCUUCCUCGCAUGAAGCAGAAGGGACUCAAGAUUGCUAAGGGCAUCUUCUGAUUAGUCCCUAGCACUGGCCGGCCACAGAACCGGUCUGUCAGGGGCUGGCUGGCGGGAUAACCAAGCACUUAGAGACUCCAGUGGCCCAGGCCAGGCGGGCACCGUUUGCCUGACCUGCCAGCUCAGGCCACCCCCAGACUCCAGUUUCACCCUAAACCUCUCCUACUGCCGGGAUUGACGCCUACUGUUUGCUAGGCUGACCUGGCCUCCCGUGGACCACUCGCUGCCUUAGGUGCCUUCCACUCUCUGGAACCAGAGGACUAGCUGACUUCUGCCAAGGAGCGCUGCCAAUGGGCAUGGAGCCCUGCAUGCCGCUGGGCACUGCCCUCUGUGCACUUCCCUCAUGCCUGCUCAGGUGUGGGUCACUGCCACCUGUGCCCAUGGGCACCCACUCAUCCACUGGGUCUGACCACUGCACUUCUCUCCUCAUGCCCACGGGCAUCGGCCUGUGCCCUUCUCGGGUCCUGGGCCCUCUUUCCACCAUGCUAGCCUUUCCCAGGCUGCACCAAAGAUUCCACCAUCAGGGCCAACAGAGCGAGGGAGUCUCACCCCUCCCCCGCCCAACCCCCCCCCCCCCCAGGAGAGGAGGAGGGGGACCCUUUUCACAGAUCACACUCUUCACCCGGUGAGUGAGGACGGUCUCAGCGGAGCCCCUUAGCCACUGAAUCUCAUGACACUGCAAGUACCAUUCACCACUGCGCCCUGGGCUUCACGAGACCACACGAGAUGGGGAUUAGUGGGAAAGGAGAAUUGGGGGAAAGGGGAGGGGUGUUGAAUAUUUGUAUAAAAGGCAAAAACAAAACAAAAAAAGUUUACCAGUUGGGGAGGGGCAAUAUUUAUUUGUUGUAAAUAGCAAAUGCUAGACUUGAAUAUUAUAUUAAAAUCCAGUUUCUACUAUAG